GCUGCUAAGAAGGUGUGGAGUUCCCUCAAUUCUUCUUUUCUCAUUGAAAAAGAAAUUGAAUCCAGAAUGGCACAAGUCAUUGAGGACCUAGGUUAUCUUGCAGACGAAAGCAAUAUUCUAGGUUUGAAAAAGGGUGGUGGUGUUGAGGUUGGAUCAGGAUCAAGCAGUAAAUUAACAUAUUCAUCUUUGCCAAAUGAAAGUGUUAUCUAUGGCAGAGAUAAUGACAAAGAAUUUCUCAUUCAAUGGCUCACAUCGGACACUCACAACAACCUGUCUAUACUUUCUAUUGUGGGCAUGGGUGGGUUGGGUAAGACCUCUCUUGCCCAACAUGUAUUCAAUGACCAAAGGAUUAAAGAUAAAUUUGGUAUUAAAGCUUGGGUGAGUGUCCCUCAGGAAUUUGAUGUUCUCAAAGUAUCAAGAGCAAUUCUUGACACAAUUACUGGUUCAACUGAACGUAGUAUGCAACAGGAAGUGAUUCAGAGAAGCCUGAAAGAAGAACUUGCAGGGAAGAAGUUUCUUCUCGUUUUGGAUGAUGUUUGGAACGAAAACCCAUCUAAAUGGGAAGAUGUGCAAAAGCCCCUUGUUUUCGGAGGCCAAGGCAGUAGGAUUCUUGUCACUGCACGGGGUGAGAAGGUUGCUGAUUCCAUGCGAUCAGAAAAGCACCACCUGGAGAUAUUAAAAGAAGAUUAUUGUUGGGAAUUGUUCGCAAAGCAUGCAUUCCAAGGUGCUAAUCCUCAACCAGACCCAGACUUCGUGGAGAUUGCUAAGAAAAUAGUUAAAAAAUGUGAUGGGCUUCCUUUAGCGUUGAAAACAAUGGGAAGUUUAUUACACAAUAAAUCAUUCCUGUGGGAAUGGGAAAACAUUAUGAGAAGUGAUAUAUGGGAUCUUUCAGAAAAUGAAAGUGGUAUACUCCCGGCUUUAAAAUUGAGCUAUAUUCACCUUCCUUCUCAUCUGAAGAAAUGCUUUGCAUUUUGUGCCUUACUUCCCAAAGGUUAUCAGUUUGACAAGGAUAUUUUAAUUCAAUGGUGGAUGGCUCAAAAUUUUCUAGAAAGCCCUAUACAGAAAAAGAGUCCUACAGAAGCUGGUGAACAAUAUUUCAAUGAUCUAUUAUCUUGGUCCUUCUUUCAACAGUCAAGUAACCAAGACGAAGAGCGCUUUAUCAUGCAUGACCUUCUAAAUGAUUUGGCCAAAUACGUUUGUAAGGACGUCUGCAUCAGUAUAGGAGUUGAUGAACAAGAAGGUAUAUCCAAAACAACCCGUCAUUGUUCAUUUUUAUCUGAAUUUUGUUUUGAUGGGUUUGGGAGUUCAAUUGAUACCCAAAAGUUGCACACAUUUACGCAAACAGAUCCAAACUCGGGUUGGGUUUGGGAUUGCAAGAUGUCGAUAGAUGACUUGUUCUCUAGAUUUAAAUUGAUACGUGUGUUAUCUUUGAAUCGUUGUCGUAUCCUUACGGAUGUGCCUGAAUCUAUAGGAAAUCUUAAGCAUCUUCGUUCAUUAGAUCUCUCCUGGACUCAAAUAGAAAAACUACCUGACUCAAUGAGUUUACUCUACAAGUUGCAAAUACUGAAGCUGAACGAGUGUCGUAGAUUAAAGCAGUUUCCCUCAUGUUUACAUAAACUUCAAAAUUUGCGUUGCCUUGAAUUAGUAGGUAUUGGAGUGGAAAAUGUGGCAGCACAUUUGGGAAAACUGAAGAAUGUUCAAGUAUCGAUGAGUUCAUUUCAUGUUGAGAAAAGUAAGGAAAUCAAUAUUCAGCAAUUAGGACAACUCAAUCUUCAUGGAAGUCUGACAAUUGAUGAUCUGCAAAAUAUUGAAAAUCCCUCUUAUGCAUUAGAAGCAAAUUUAGAGAGCAAACCACACCUUGCAGAGCUAUGGUUAACUUGGAAUUUCAUUGACAGCUCCUUUGUUGAUUCAGAAAAAGUGGAGGAUGUAGUUGAGAAUCUACGGCCUUUAAAAUACUUGAAGAAGUUAUCAAUAUGGAACUACAUUGGUAAACAUUUUCCAAAUUGGUUACUCCAUAAUUCAUUACCGAACCUAGUGUCCUUAGUGUUUGUUGAUUGUAGAUCUUGCGAACGUUUACCUCCGCUUGGGCUUUUGCCAUUUCUCAACCACUUGAGCAUUGUUGGACUUGAUGGGAUAAUGAGUAUUAUUGAUGCUGAUUUUCAUGGGAACAAUUCUUCUUCAUUUAAAUCCCUUCAAAGAUUGUAUUUCUCCGAUAUGAGGCAAUGGGAAAAAUGGGAUUGCCAAGCUGUAAGAGGUGCUUUUCCACGUCUACAACAUUUUUCCAUAAAAAAUUGUCCCAAGUUGAGAGCACACCUGCCAAAGUUUGUUGCUUUAAAAGACCUAUAUGUCUCUAACUGCGAACAACUUGAAGCUUUGAUUGUCAGUGCGAUAGAAUUACGUCUACAAGACUGUGGAAAGCUGCAGUUGGAGCGGUCUACAAUGAAAAAGCUCACAAUGGAUGGGCACGGCAUGGCAGCAUCAUCUGUGGCAAUGGUUGGACAUAUGCUAUUCGACACUUCUCUUGAAUACUUCUCCAUUUGUUCACCUCUGGAGACAAUAAGUGAUGAUUGUGUCUCUCUAAAGAUCUUUCCACUUGAUUUCUUCCCAAAACUCAGGACGCUUAAACUCAGUGGGUUUCCUGAUCUACAAAUGAUUUCGAAGGAUCACGUUCUCAACCAUCUCCGGCAUCUGACAAUCGACAACUGCCCAAAAUUUGAAUCAUUACCUGCAAACAUGCAUAUGCUGCUUCCAUCUCUCAUAGGCAUAGACAUAAAAGACUGUCCAAGACUUGAGUCGUUCCCUGAAGGAGGUUUGCCAUCAAAUCUUAAAUACAUCACACUCAAUAAUUGUUCUAGACUUCAUGUGUCACUGAAAGGAGCUUUCAGAGACGGUUCUUCUUUGGAAAUCUUAACGAUUAACAAUGUUGAGGCUGAAUGUUUUCCUGAGGAAGGAUUGUCCUUUGCUGGAACAACGUUAUGGUAAAGGAGGCGAAGACCGGAAAAAGAUUGCUCACAUUCGAGACCUUUGGAUAUGGUGAUGUUGUUUCUUUUAUUUAAUUUUGUUUAAUGUUGGUGCAUUUGCUCGGAUACUAUAAUAUUGGUGUAUCAACUUUUUCCCUUUCUCUGCUACUCCUGCCAUCCCUUCAUGAAAUAUCUUUUAACAUUAUAAA